AUGCCGGGCUUCUCUUUCCCACCGGGCUUCACAAUUCCCACCCCGCGCCUCCAAAUCAGCCCCUUCAACCCCACCGACCCGACCCACUGCGCCUUCUUAGUCCAACUCUGGAAUACAGACGAUUUCAUCAGCUCCUGCGGGAAAACAGGAUGUACCACACCAGAAAAGGCAUCUUCAUUCAUUGAAAACAAAGUCUUAAAAAUCUACGCCUACUAUGGCUACGGCAUAUUUCUGGUCUCGCGACAGACCGAUAACGGCCUGAAGCCGGUCGGAACCAUAUCGCUUAUGCAGGGGAUUCCACCAGAUCCACAUUAUCUUGCCCCGGAUAUCGGGUUUUCCAUCUUACCUGAAGAAGGUCGGAAGGGGUAUGCGACCGAGGCAGCACAGGCUCUCUUGGAGUAUGCGAACAAGACGCUUGGGGUAGAUGCUGUGUUUGGUUUCUGUUCGCCGGGGAAUCAACGGAGUCGGGCUACUUUGGAGAAGCUUGGGAUGGAGUAUAGGGGACUCAAGUCUUUGAAGGUUUUUGGUGAAGAGGAUAGUGCUGUGUAUGCUUUGCCGGGAAUGAGUGAGGACUUGACUAUUUACAAUAUUGACUGA